AUGGCAGGCCUAUACACAAAAUCGGCCAUGGGCGCUCCCUUCUCUCUGGCCGCGGCCUUCCGAAGCCUUUCCAUCGCAGCACCCAAGCGCUCCUUCUCCACGACCCCGGCAAUCAAAUCAGUCCCGAAACUCCCUCCUACGGCCCCAGUCUACCCCUACGGAGAAAGCCAAUGGUACAAGCAGCAAGACACCGGUCUUUACGGAGGUGCCACAAUCCAAUUCGGUAACAAGAUCUCCAAAGGUCGCAACGAAGGCAAGACCCGACGAAGCUGGAAGCCCAACGUGCGCCGCAAGAAGAUCGAAAGCAAGGCACUGGGCGAGGAUCUCUUUAUUAAGGUCACCCGUCGUGCAUUGCGUUCAAUCAACAAUGCUGGCGGUCUCGACAAAUAUCUGAUCUCCGAUCGCCCAACUCGCAUCAAGGAAUUGGGUCCGUUCGGUUGGAACCUCCGAUACCAGGUCAUGAAUUCAAAAUACUACCAAAAGAAGUAUGAAGCGGAGCGCAAGAAGCUUGGUGUCCCCACGCCCCCCACCAUGGAUCAAUACAUGGCGAGCAAGCAGGCGGAAAUGGAGCAGAAGAUUCGUGACAUCGACCUGGACGCAUUGACUAAGCCUCGCCGCAUGAAGCCCCAGGGCAAGAAAUAUGCCACAAUGAACUAG